UUCCAUUGGCUCAGUGACGUCAGGGCAGCGCAGGACUCACUCCAGCAGCGGUGUGUUCUCCCUCAACAAACGCGAGCAAUGCGCGCACGGGAGAACCGAACGACAGCGAAACACGCUCCACAGACCGGCGCUCGCCGCGGAUUAAACGGGGAAAGUCUUCAAAUCAUGGCCAAGACGGCGAAGAAGUAAAGCCUGACGCGUUUGAGUACGGACCGCGCUCUGAUUUUGCGUACUAGACGCGCACGAGUAUGCACGAGCCCAGCUGAUCGAGACUCGAACCCGCAGCGUUUAACCCGACGAACCACUACUCGACUCCAUAACACUGCUCGUUCCAGAAACAGCUCAAAUUAGCUCAUUAGUUCGGAUCGCGAGCUAAUUAAUGAUGGCGGGGAAGCUGACAGCGCAGGGCGCGGGAAUAUUGCUGGUUACUGCCAACGUUGGAUCACUGUUUGAAGAUGUGCUCUGCCCUGGUUUGUUGUUGAAGUGCUUCUGGGAAGAUGCGAGACCGGAUGCUGUAAUGGAGCUUUAGGAUGGGAUGCUCUUCUUCAGGACAUACGAGUGCCUUACCUUUAUGGAAAUCAGCUGGCCUGGCUGCCAUCCAGGUGAACCGACUUCACAGCCGGAGAACCUGCAGAAGACGUGGCUGCGGGAGUUUUGCCAGACUGUUCAAGCACACAGGCCGCACUUUGUGGCGGUUCACUGUCAGGAAGUAGGUGGGAAGAACUACGAAGCAUCCAUGGCACACGUGGACAGCUUCAUCAAAGAGCUGCUGUCCAGCGACGCCAUGAAAGACUUCAGCCGUGCGCGUGUCUACCUCGACAAGAACUACAAAUCCCAGGAGCAGUUCACAGCAUUAGGAUGUUGCUACUUCCUCCAUGAAUCCUUGAAAAACAUCCAGCAGUUUGAUUUCAAAGCCAAGAAGUUCAAGAAGGUGGUUGGGAAGGAGAUUUGCUCGGACGCUCUGAAUAGCACAGCCAUGCUGGAGAAGGAGAAGUUUCCUCAAGACUAUUUCCCCGAGUGCAAGUGGUCCAGAAAAGGCUUCAUCAGAACCCGAUGGGCCCUGGGUGACUGUGCCUUUGACCUGGUGAACAUCCACCUGUUCCAUGAUGCGUCUAAUUUGGUGGCGUGGGAAAAGAGUCCCUCGGUCUACUCAGGCACGCGGCAGAAAGCGCUCGGCUUUGUGCUGGACAGGAUCACGGAUCAGCGGUUCGAGCGACUGCCGUAUUUCGUCUUCGGUGACUUUAACUUCAGGUUGGACUCCAAGCAGGUCAUUGAGAGUCUUUGCUCGACGGCCACCAUGCAGACGGUGAGAGCCGCCGACACCAAUGAAGUCGACAAACUCAUCUUCAGAGAGUCAGACAAUGACCGCAAGGUUGUCCUACAGCUGGAAAAGAAGUUAUUUAACUACAUUAACCAGGACGUUUUCCGGGAAAACAAUGGAACGCUGCUUUUAGAGUUUGACAAAGAGCUGGCUGUGUUUAAGGACCGUCUGCAUGAGCUGGACAUCUCGUUUCCUCCGAGUUAUCCGUACAGUGAGGACUCCAGUCAGGGAAAGCAGUACAUGAACACUCGAUGUCCCGCCUGGUGUGACCGAAUCCUCAUGUCCGCCUCGGCCAAAGACCUGCUCAUAAAGCCAGAGAAUGAGGAGAAAUCAAUAACGUAUGACAACAUCGGACCCAACGUGUGUAUGGGGGACCACAAGCCGGUCUACUUGUACUUUCGGUUAAGCACAGGGGCAGGUAAACCUAAUGCAAAUAAGCACAAGUGUUGUGUCGUGCAGUGAUGUGGAAAGUGGUGCCAAAGGGUGGAGAAGAUUUCAUGAAAAGCGGCCCUGUGAGAAGCUUCGACACGGGUGGAUGGACACACACACACACACACACACACACAGCCACACACGCAAACAGAGGACCCUGUAAAGACUUUUCAGCAGGACUGACCAGUCGCAUUUGUCGCAGUGCAUGCAAUCAUGUCCAUAGAAACGACACAUUGAGUUCAUGAAUGCUUCAAGAGUCGAGAGCAUGGACACACACACACACACACACACACACACACACACUUAAUGCGGCAUGCAUCUGUCAUGCAGCGCUGCAUUUCCACUUAAACUCCAUCAGAUGCUCUUCUCUGACGUCUCUCAGCCUUGUUUCCAAAACUCUAAUAUAGACUAUCAGAAAUACUCUACAGAUUUUAAAAAGCAUACUUGCAAUUUUUAGAUAUGCCUCGACAUAAUAUUACGAGCUACUUCCAUACAGUAUGUAAGAUGUUUUAAAAAGUGCAAUGCAAAAAAUGUUGUUGUAUUUCUCUAUUGUUAGGUUUAUUUGUACAUUGGAUUAUGACAUAGAGGUGUGCUGAUUUUUAGUGCUGUUUGAUGGAGAUUUCGAGACUUUCUCUGUGUUAGAAUAGAUAGGUAUAUUCUGUUUAAGCAUUUGUAUGAUUUUCUUUCUUCAUGGACUAUUGUUUAUCUUUGUUUUUUGAUUUGUUGUUGCCGACUUGUGUCGAAACACUCUGCCGUGCCGCAUACAACCGCCGAGUCUCAUUUUAUAUACUGUACUUUUUAAAGAGAUAAUUUAUAAUUCGUACCAAAACUCUUAUGCUGACAUAUUGAUAUGAAAGGCUGCUUUGAGUGUAAAGUUUCAAAUGUUUGAAUAGUUAUAAACAAACAACGAAAUCCACAUCAUUAUUAGCAGAAUAUGCCAUUUCAGCCAAUAUGAUAUAUAUAUAUAUAUAUAUAUAUAUAUAUAUAUAUAUAUAUAUAUAUAUAUAUAUAUAUAUAUAUAUAUAUAUAUAUAUAUAUAUAGCCAAUUUAAAGUUUUUUUUUUUUUUUUUUUAAGCAGUGCCAUAAACCAUGCAAGUAUAUAAGAUAGUUUCAAUAGCAGUCUUGCUCGGUUAUUACAGUACUGUUCUUAUUCUAACUUAUUUCUGUGUAAUAAUGUUAUGGUUCUGAAUGUGAUAUUUUAAUAGGCCUGGGUAUCUUAAAAAUAGCUGUAUCAUUUUUUUUUUUUUUUUUUCAAUUUCUUUUUUUUUUGUAUGAUUUUUUUGUUACUAUAUUAUUGUGCCGUGGUGCCAACUAUUGAAUUGAACUCAGUCAAAUGUAGAGUUUAAGUUCUGAUGGCAUUAUGCAGGAAAAACACUCAAGUUAAGGACCAGGAGAAAUUUCUUUACACUUUACUUUACAAUGUCCAUCACACAUGAAUAACCGUGUGUUUUUACAAACAUAAUCACAUAUGAAGUCCGUGUUUUAGUAUUUGACUUAAAUGACACAGUUACACGAACACUGUAAAGUAAAGCGUGAGUGUUUCUGUUUCAUUCCUUGUGUAUGUUCUCAGCAUCGGUGCCGUGUGCUCCUCCUGAUUGAAUUCACUACACUACAGAGUCGACAGACUGUGCGAAUCCGUUAGAUUGAUCCUUCAUAUCAGUGGAAAUGAUUUUGUGUCGCCUUGACAGUGAUUUGGUUAGAAAAACUGCUUGUUAACUGUUUUUUUCUCCAGCAGGUCAGGUGAUAGGAUUCACUCUUUUCUUUAAGCAGAUAGCGAUUAGACCUCGUGGAUGGCAAGACCUCCAAAAGCAAUAAAACCAUUAGAACUCAA